CAUACCACGGAGCCUUUUGAUAAAAGCAGGAUAUCCGAAACGUUGGCAUUUGGCACCCUCUCCUUUUGUGAAGGGUCCAAUUCUUUUAAAAUGGGCAAUGGCUGAUUUUUUGCUUUUUAAAUUUUAUUUUAUCUUAUUAUUUUUUUUUUUAGCUAUAAAAAAAUGUAGAAAUUCAAAAAAAAUUCUGCACAAGACUGAAUUGAGAGCCCACUUCGUUCACACUGCCUAAACAGUUUUAUAACUUUUAUUGGCUCAAUAAGUUGAUUUUCAUUUUUUUGCUAAAAGAAAAUAAUUUUUUAUUUUUAUUUUAUGGGAGAGCCAAAGGCCCUAUGGCACUUUGGCUAUCAAAAAUUUGGAGAGCACCGAAGGGCUGCUCAACCAUUUGAGAGGGUGAGAUUCCCAAUGCUCUAUUUUCUUCUACUAGACAUGGCUUCUUCAUACUCACAGAUAAUGCCAUCACCGGUCCUCUUAGCCUUCGUCAAGAGUCUCCUCCGGUCACAGGAGGUCGGUGGGCCACCGUGGUGUCGCUUUGGGGCUUUUUUUUUUUUUUUUUUUUUUUUUCUACAGAACUGAGGAUAAUCCGCCUUGUUGAUGGUUCAAUUGAGACUGUUAGUGACAAUCAGAUCCAGAGUUUGUGUGCCACAAUCUUAUCCGAAUUUUACAAAAGAAUCUUCAUCAAAGAAGUUUUUUCUUUUACAAUUAUUGUAAAUAUUGUAUCUUUCUGACACACUGUUGAAGCAAUGUACCCCAGAAAGCGUGUUAUCUUUCUAAUUACAUAGUAUUUUGCAACUAUUUGAAACCACGUAAUGUUAUUUAUAUAUAUAUAUAUAUAGAGAGAGAGAGAGUAGAGGAGUGUAUUUUGCAACUAUUUUGUUUUUGUGAGCUAUUGGUUUGGCUUUUGCCUUUGGCUAUUGUGGCUCCUCUGUACAUAUCUUGGCUCUUUUAUACCUUAUAUAAUUGGCGUUUAGGUACAGAGUAAUUUGGAUGGUUCCAACCUUUGGAAACUUUACUAUUAAAUUUUGUCGUCAUAGGUAUAGUUUAUGGGUUAUAUGAUGUUUGACAACGAGGAGACCUUGGAUUUUCAGUUUUAAAUUUAGCUUAGUCUGAGGCAAGUAGAUUAUGAAAUAUUGGAGGUGUUUGGUAAGUAUCUCUUGUUCUCACGGCGAGCGGGUUGUGACAAUAAGGAGUACAAUUUUAAAUUUAUCCAAGAAAAAAAAAACUAUAUAUAUAUAUUCAAGUCUAUUAUUCAACUUCGCUUUGCAUUUUCUAUGGUCAAGUCAAUGCUCAACUUUCCUCCUGUAUAACUAAUUAACUACACAAACACAUACACACGGAUAUGUAAAUAUUUAUAUAUAUAGAAAAAUUGUGAUAUUAGCUGGCCGGCAGGGAGUUCCAUUCUCCCAUCUAAGACUUCCACAAAUGCUGAAAUUGUGAAGUUCACCUGAUUGAUGCAAUCUCCACAUUUGACGGAGUACAGGACUCUUUUAAGCGCCAGAGAGAAUCCAGAUCUGAUAUACUAAGCCUGUCAACCUGCAAGCUUAAUCAAAUAAAUCCAAACUAACUCCCAUCUUUAGUACUGUUCCUAGCUAGUUAUCAAAUUAUAAAUCAUGGUCAGACUCUGCAAGUACUACUACUCUUGCAAUGACAGUAGCCUUGUACAAUUACCAAAGAAGCUUCUCUAUAUUUUCUUCAUGAUCAUCACCUUUUUUCUCAUGAUCUUCCCCCAUGCAACUCCUCUAGAAUUCAACAUCCCUAAAAUCACAGGCAGAGAUCAAAAUGUCAACAUUAAAGCCUACCCAGACGCUUAUAUCACAGAACAAGGCCUCCAAGUCACUCCCGAUGAGCGUGGCCAACCGCAAACGCAGAAAGUUGGCCGAUCCACAUAUGUCAAACCACUGCACCUUUGGGACAAGGCUUCUCAAAACAUGGCAGAUUUCACCACCCAUUUCUCCUUUGUCAUUAAUUCAGAAGGAGAUUCAGUUAACCACGGCGAUGGGCUUGCAUUCUUUCUUGUCCCAAACAUAUCCAAUUCUGAUAUCCUUGUCACACCAGGCAGUGGCCUUGGUCUUCCAGUCGACAAUAUAACAAUGAACUCUACCACUACUCCAUUUGUUGCUGUGGAGUUCGACACUUACAUGAAUGUUGCCUUUGACCCGUACGCCUUGGACAGCUCUCAUGUAGGUAUUGAUGUUAAGUCUAUGAGAUCUGUUAACACUUCAAUAUGGUAUGGAAAUAUUACUCACGGGGGAGAAAAUGAAGCUUGGAUUAGUUAUAGUUCGGAUUCCAAAAUUCUGAGUGUUGGCUUCACUAGUUAUUUUGGUAACGGCAUUGUUCAACAAGGUAACCUUAGUCAUAAAGUUGAUCUGAGAAAGUGCUUGCCAGAAUGGGUUGACUUUGGCUUCUCAGCCUCAACAGGGGACUCUUAUGAGAAGCAUACUAUUAAAUCAUGGAGUUUCAGUUCAACAGAGCCAGCACUGGUGACACCGAGCCCCAGUCCAGGCUCAACAAAAAUAGUGCCAGUGACACCAAGCCCCAGUCCAGGCUCAACAAAAACAGUGCCAGUGACGCCAAGCCCUGAACCCAAAGUAAAGAAGGAAAACAAAUCAGCUCUAGUGGCAGGAUUAAUUGUUGGAACAUGUGUUUUUAUUGGUGGAUUGGGUUUGAUAUCCAUUAGCUUGUGGAAGAAAGGGAGUAGAAGAAAAGAAGAAGAUGCGGCAUUUGUCGUCAAUCUAUCCAUGGAUGAUGAAUUUGAGAAGGGUAUCGGGCCAAAGAAGUUUUCCUACGGUGAGUUGGCUCAUUCUACAAAUGACUUUGCAAAUGAAGAAAAGCUUGGAGAGGGAGGGUUUGGUGGGGUUUAUAGAGGUUUCUUGAGAGAGUUGGCUUCUUAUGUUGCUGUGAAGAGGGUGUCAAGAGGUUCUGAGCAAGGGCUUAAAGAGUAUGCAUCAGAAGUUAAGAUCAUUAGCAGAUUAAGGCAUAAGAAUCUGGUGCAGCUCAUUGGUUGGUGCCAUGAAAAAAAUGAGCUGUUACUCGUUUAUGAGUUCAUGCCAAAUGGUAGCUUAGAUUCCCAUCUUUUCAAAGGACAAAGCUUAUUGACAUGGGCAAUGAGGUACAAAAUUGUUCACGGUUUGGCCUCUGCUUUGCUCUAUCUUCACGAAGAGUGGGAACAGUGCGUGCUACAUAGGGAUAUUAAAUCUAGCAACAUUAUGUUGGAUUCAAGUUUCAAUGCCAAACUUGGGGAUUUUGGGCUAGCUAGGCUUGUUGACCAUGAAAAAGGAUCGCAAACAACACUUUUGGCAGGGACAAUGGGCUACAUGGCUCCUGAAUGUGUCAUUAUGGGCAAAUCUAGUAAGGAAUCAGAUGUCUACAGCUUCGGAAUUGUUGCACUGGAAAUAGCAUGCGGAAGAAAAUCCAUUGAUCUCAAGGCACAAGAAACUCGAGCAAGGCUAGUGGAGUGGGUUUGGAACCUUUAUGGAGCAGGAAAACUUCUUGAAGCAGCAGACCCCAAAUUAUGUGCAGAUUUUGAUGAGCAAGAGUUGAAAUGUUUGAUGAUUGUUGGGCUUUGGUGUGCUCAUCCUGAUGACAAUCUUAGGCCUUCAAUAAAACAGGCAAUUCAUGUGCUUAAUUUUGAAGCUCAACUUCCCACUCUCCCAUCAAAGAUGCCCGUACCAACAUAUUUUGCUUUUGAUCCAGUGAAUGCUACAUUUCCAUUAUCCUUUGAUCCCACCGUCUCUAAGAGUAACCAAAUCCAUUAUUCCAGCUAUAGUUAAAAUUCUGAUUCUUUCAAAAGGAACAUUACUAAGCUCAGUUUUGUACUUUUGAUGGCCCUCAUAAACAAACUCUCCACUCUUGAUUCCCCCUAGUUAUCUUUCCUUCACUUUCCUUCAUUCUGAUUUUUUUAUGUAAAUCUUCCUCUGUAUCCAUCUCUCAUAUUCUGUUUCAUUUCCCUUUCUCCUCUCAGCUCUGCACUUCUGUUUUUGCCCACUGUGGUUUGCAUCUCUCUCCUUCAGAUUGGAGCUCUUAUAAGUUGGACAGUUUAUCACUAUGGAUUCUCAAAAAGUUCUUAAGUUUAUGUCAUCAAGCUCCUAUUUGCUAGCACAGUUUAUUGUAUUUGGAUGGAUAUGAAUUUUGCUGCUUUCGAGAAUAGCUCUAGCAAUCCUCCAGUCCUCCCUCCAUUCUCUGUUCGAUCCUCGAGACAGUCAGAUUAAGAUUAUUCUCUCCCAAGCCUACGGGUUGUAGGAGUCCAGAGAAGUGGUUGCCUUAUGGAUUCUUCCAAGCUCCAUCAUCUCGUAGAAUGAAACAUAGUCUGUUUGCUGGUUGUUCUGGGGUCUCCCUUUUGUAGCUGUUGUCUUUGACUCUGGCUUCUUGGCCUGCUUUGUACAUUUUAUACAUUCAAUACAAAAAUUUACCUUACCAGAAAAAAAUAAAAAUAAAAUAAAAUUACCACAUCUUCUGCUACU